UCUCAAGAACCAAAUAUGGCUUGUCAUCUCCUUCAUGAGGUUUAUGGUUUUGAGCCAUCAACACCACAAUUAUCACCACAGGAAGAGCAAGAAAAACUUCUGGAUGAAGCUACAAAAGUGGUCAAGAGUCAAUCUUUUCAGAUGAAAAGAUGUUUGGACAAAGGAAAAUUAAUGGAAGGCUUAAAGCAUGCUUCAAACAUGCUGGGAGAGCUGAGGACAUCUUUAUUGUCUCCAAAGACCUAUUAUGAGCUCUAUAUGGCCAUCUCUGAUGAAUUGCGUCAUUUGGAGCUCUAUCUUGUAGAAGAGUUCCAGAAAGGUCGAAAAGUUGCUGACUUAUAUGAACUUGUACAAUAUGCUGGUAACAUAGUGCCACGUCUCUAUUUACUCAUAACUGUUGGUGUUGUUUAUAUCAAAUCUAACGAACUCUCUCGCAAAGACAUUCUGAAAGACUUGGUCGAGAUGUGCCGUGGUGUCCAGCAUCCUCUUCGAGGUCUCUUUUUGAGAAACUACUUAUUACAGUGUACUCGCAAUGUUUUACCAGACGUAGCUGAUGAAGCAGGAAACUCUGCUAACAAUCAAGAGGUUUGGAGCCCAAAGCAUGUGGACGGCAGAGAAAGAAAUGGUGAGGGAGACUAUGGGUCUAUACGUGAUUCCAUAGACUUCAUCCUGCUGAAUUUCUCUGAAAUGAAUAAAUUAUGGGUCCGCAUGCAACACCAAGGCCAUUCCCGUGAUAAAGACAAACGUGAGCAAGAGAGACGAGAAUUGCGUAUCUUGGUUGGAACCAACCUCGUUCGCUUGAGUCAAUUAGAAACAAUUGAUGUGGACAAAUAUAAAAAGGUGAUGCCUGGCAUUUUGGAACAGGUUGUGAGUUGCCGUGAUGCCAUUGCUCAAGAAUACAUCAUGGAGUGUAUUAUACAGGUGUUUCCUGAUGAAUUCCAUCUUCAGACUCUAAAUGGUUUCUUGAGGGCCUGUGCUGAAUUGCAACAAUCUGUAAACAUUAAUAACAUUAUUAUUGCUUUAAUUGAAAGAUUGGCUCAUUAUGCUCAAAAUGAAGAAAGUUCUGGAAUCCCCUCCGAUAUUCCUUUGUUUGACAUAUUCACACAGCAAAUUGCUUUAAUUAUUCAGAACCGGCAAGACAUGCCUCCUGAAGAUAUUGUUGCUCUGCAGGUCGCAUUGAUUAACUUGGCACUGAAGUGUUACCCUGACAGAGUGGAUUAUGUUGAUAAAGUAUUGGAAACGACUGUUGAAAUCUUCAAUCGCCUUGAAAUGGAACAACUGAAAUAUGGAACUGCUGUCUCCAAAGAAUUAAUGCAUUUGUUAAAGAUUCCUAUUGAUGUUUAUCAAAAUCUUCUGACUGUAUUGGAACUGAAACAUUUUGGGCCACUUUUCAAAUAUUUUGAUUAUCAUGGUCGCAAAACAAUGAGUGCUUUCCUGAUUAACAGUGCUCUUGAAAAUGACACAAAGAUCCUGACACCAGAACAGGUUGAUGACAUUUUAAACAUUGUUUCCAUCUUGAUAAAAGACCAAACUGAUCAACCAGAAGAACCAGAUGAUCCUGAAGAUUUUUCUGAAGAACAAGGAUUGAUGGGAAGAUUCAUACACUUAAUGGUGUCUGAUGAUCCAAACCAGCAAUUCCAUAUUUUGAACACAGCUCGUAAACAUUUCAGCAAUGGUGGCAAUGCUCGAAUAAAGUUUACUCUACCUCCAAUUGUCUUUGCUGCAUACCGCCUGGCUUUCCUCUAUCAUUCUCUCCAGGAAGAGGAUGAACAGUGGCAAAAAAAAUGUGGCCGUAUAUUUCAGUUCUGUCAUCAGACCAUUGGUGCUUUAAUUAAGGCAGAACAAGCUGAGGUUCCAUUAAGAUUAUUUUUGCAGGGUGCAAUAGCUGCAGGGAAAAUCCAAUAUGAAAAUUAUGAAUCUGUUGCUUAUGAGUUCAUGUCACAGGCUUUUUCUUUAUAUGAAGAUGAAAUCAGCGACAGUAAAGCACAGCUUGCUGCCAUCACUUUGAUUAUUGGUACUUUAGAGCAGAUGUCUUGCUUCAGUGAAGAGAAUCACGAACCUCUGCGUACACAGUGUGCUCUCGCAGCAUCUAAACUUCUAAAGAAACCUGACCAGUGCCGUGGUGUUGCUACUUGUUCCCAUUUGUUUUGGUCUGGAAAGAAGAAUAACCAGGAAGAGAAUUCCCCUAAGAUCUUUGUGAAAAUGCAUGAUGGGAAACGAGUGGCAGAAUGUCUGAAGAAGGGAGUCAAAAUUGCCAACCAGUGCAUGGACAAUUCUGUUCAAGUUCAACUCUUUGUUGAACUUCUCAAUCAUUACAUUUAUUUCUUUGAAAAAGGAAAUGAUCAGAUAACUAUUCCAGUAUUAAACCAGCUUAUUACAAAAAUCCGAGAAGAUUUGCCAAAUUUAGAGGCUAAUGAGGAAACUGAGCAGAUUAACAAGCAUUUUCAGAACACACUGGAACAUCUCCAAAUGCGUAUUGCAAACAAUGAUUCUGGGAGUCCCUCUUAUGAAGGACUGUCACUAUAGGAAACUCUAAAUCAAUUCUAACUACCAUCAUGUUUUUUUGUUUCAUUGAUGUUAGCCAUCUGACACUAGAGAAUUGUUCUCUCCAUCCUUUGGCUGUAAGUAAUUUCUGAAUGCUGCUAUAUGUGAUUUAGGUGGGGCAUUUUUUUUUUCUUUUUAUAUAAUCACCUAACUCAUGAUGUAUUAUAGAAAGGACUUUUUGAGGAAAGAAACAAACAAGAAAAUAGAAAGGUGCAUAGACCUUGUUGAGUAUUAUUAUUAUUAUCAUUAUUAUUAUAUAAACUUUAUUAUUCUAUGAAGAAAAACAAAAUCAUGAUUUGUAUUUAAGAAGAAAUAAUGAAGUCUAAAUUGUAAAUGACUUUCUGGUUGUUAUAUUUUUAUUUAAUUGUAAACUGCAAAUAUACAAAAUCUAAAUUGAUUGGGUUCAAAUUGCCAGCAAUAAAUAUAAUUUCUGUUGGGAAUGAGAAAAUCUUCUUCAGCUGAACAGAAUGUUUCAGCUUUCCUUCUUUUGUUGCCUGCAGUUGAGGCAAUUUUCUGGCAAUUUUUCAUCAACCCAUUUUUAACUCAUCUUUUCUUCAUUUUUGUUUGUUCUUGUUGAUAAUUUCUGUUGCUAAUUCUUUAAUUAAUAACAACUAUUCUCUCAAAAGUGACAAUAUUACUGCCUUCAUUGCAAAUCUUUACUAAUCUGGAAUUGAACUCCAAUCAGGAGUCUCACAAAACUAUCCUAAAUAAUAGUUCCACAACAAAAAACACUCUUUGCAAUUUCACUUGCAUUUGGUGCUCAAAACAACAGAAUUUUCUUAUUGUUUUUUUUUUGUUCUCAUUUUUUAAAUAUUAAGAAACCUAGAAUUCCUUUAAAACAUGUUUCAGUCAGUUGGAGGACAAAGUUGUUUUUGAGUGCUUCUCAUCUCUCAUCGCAAGCAUUUCAAUGUGUGAGUUUGUGAUGAUCUAAUUGUUCAUACUCCAACUGAAAUUUAUUUUACAACUGUAAUCUACAGUUUGUAAGUUUGGCUUCUUUACAGCACAUUGAGACCUGUUCUGUUUUUAAUGUUUUAAUAGAAAUCAUGCAGAUUUAUUAGGAAAUUAAGAUAUUCAUUAAAAAAUAUCUGCUUUGUUUUAUAUCUGGAGUGAAAGAGAGAAAUGAGUUUACUGCAAGUGUCUGGUACAUUGGCCAUUAGUUUGGAACAAGAAAAUGUUUGUUUUAAAAUUUGUGACCUCCUGAUUAAGAAUUAGAUUAGUUUGGAAACUGUUGGGGAUCUUCUUAAAUGGAAUUAAUUGAUUGUUUGGUGGAGAUAUUUCUAAAUUAUCAAUUAGAAAGUUAGUGUUGAGGUUGAUGCGACUGAAUAUAUUCUCAAAACUCUGUGAUUGAUUAUUACUAAUUAAUAAAUAAAACUUGAGGAGGAAGAUCAAAAUAUUCUUGUCGUACAAAAAGCUGAACUAAAUUACGAAGUGGAAAAGAAAAAAUUUGUUUUUUUCUUUAAUGAGUGCUAUUUCUGUAUAAGUUGUAUCUGCUGCAUGGUGAAACAAUAUGUGAUUCAAGAAAUUAUCUUUGUUUUGUUUAUAUAUAUAUUUUUUUUUUAAUUUUUAUUCCCUCCUCCCCAGUUAAUCUCUUCUCUUUUGUAAAUUGUUAUAGCAUUAUAACAUUGCUUUCACUCUCUCGACUAAAAUCUGUUAAUGUUCUGGAAAAGUAAAAGAUUUUUCAAAUAAAAAAUUGAAGUUUGUU